AAAGCGCCUCUCCGCCGCGCACAGUGGCCGCGGCUCACUAAUGGGAUUGCAGGCUGGUGCCUGGCUCCGCUGCUGCCGCCGCCGCUCGCGCCGCUGCUGCCGCCGCCGCCCGAACCCGAGCCCGAGACCCCGCCAGUCCGAGCCCAGAGCAGACGCGCCUGGGGCUCCAAGCCGCGGCGAUGAUCCGAAUCUUUCCGGAUUUCAGCGUGCAGGUGACGGCCGCGGCGGCCGGCGGGGCAGCCGCUGGGGUACCGGCCGGUGCGGGCAUGGGGAGGGCCGGCGCCGCGGCCAACGGCACCCCGCAGAACGUCCAGGGCAUCACCUCCUACCAGCAGCGAAUAACUGCCCAGCAUCCUCUGCCCAACCAAUCAGAAUGUAGGAAAAUCUACAGAUAUGACGGAAUCUACUGUGAAUCUACCUACCAGAAUUUACAAGCACUGAGAAAGGAGAAAUCCAGAGAUGCUGCUCGCUCCCGCCGGGGAAAAGAAAACUUUGAGUUCUAUGAAUUGGCCAAGCUCUUGCCUCUUCCUGCCGCCAUCACCAGCCAGCUCGACAAGGCGUCCAUCAUUCGACUUACAAUUAGUUAUCUCAAGAUGAGGGACUUUGCCAACCAAGGGGACCCUCCAUGGAACCUGAGGAUGGAAGGCCCUCCACCAAACACCUCUGUAAAAGGGAUUCAAAUGUGGAAAUCUGAACUCUGCAUGAGAAAGACACCAUGUGAAGUUAUAGGUGCACAACGAAGGCGGAGCCCGAGUGCACUGGCCAUUGAAGUAUUUGAAGCACAUUUGGGAAGCCACAUUUUGCAGUCCCUGGAUGGCUUCGUAUUUGCACUAAAUCAAGAAGGAAAAUUUUUGUACAUUUCUGAAACCGUCUCUAUCUACCUAGGCCUCUCACAAGUGGAGCUGACAGGCAGCAGCGUCUUUGACUAUGUCCACCCUGGGGACCACGUGGAGAUGGCAGAGCAGCUGGGCAUGAAGCUCCCGCCUGGGCGGGGCCUCCUCUCGCAGGGCACCACAGAGGACGCGGCCAGUUCAGCAUCUUCCUCCUCUCAGUCAGAGACCCCUGAGCCAGUGGAGACAACCAGCCCCGGUCUGCUAACUACUGACAACACCCUUGAACGGUCCUUUUUCAUCCGAAUGAAAUCUACUCUGACCAAACGCGGAGUGCACAUCAAGUCGUCGGGAUAUAAGGUGAUCCACAUAACAGGCCGGCUUCGCCUCAGAGUGUCGCUGUCCCACGGGAGGACCGUCCCCAGCCAAAUCAUGGGUCUCGUGGUUGUGGCUCAUGCCUUGCCUCCCCCUACGAUCAAUGAAGUCAGAAUUGACUGCCAUAUGUUCGUCACUCGAGUAAACAUGGACCUCAAUAUCAUUUACUGUGAAAAUAGGAUCAGUGACUACAUGGAUCUGACCCCUGUAGACAUCGUAGGGAAAAGAUGCUACCACUUCAUCCAUGCCGAAGACGUGGAAGGCAUCAGGCACAGUCACCUGGACUUGCUGAAUAAGGGUCAGUGUGUGACCAAGUACUAUCGCUGGAUGCAGAAGAAUGGAGGUUACAUCUGGAUACAGUCUAGCGCCACCAUAGCCAUUAAUGCGAAGAACGCGAAUGAGAAGAACAUCAUCUGGGUGAAUUAUCUUCUCAGCAAUCCCGAGUACAAGGAUACACCCAUGGACAUUGCACAACUCCCACAUUUGCCAGAGAAAGCUUCAGAAUCCUCGGAGACAUCCGACUCAGAGUCAGACUCUAAAGACACCUCAGGUAUUACAGAGGACAACGAGAACUCCAAGUCCGACGAGAAGGGCAAUCAGUCCGAAAACAGCGAAGAUCCAGAGCCUGACCGCAAGAAGUCAGGCAGCGCGUGCGACAACGACAUGAACUGCAACGACGACGGUCACAGCUCCAGCAACCCGGACAGCCGUGACAGCGACGACAGCUUCGAGCACUCGGACUUUGAACACCCCAAGGCGGCCGAGGACGGCUUCGGCGCGCUGGGCUCCAUGCAGAUCAAAGUGGAGCGCUAUGUGGAGAGCGAGGCAGACCUGCGGCUGCAGCCCUGCGAGUCCCUCACGUCGGACAGCGCCAAGGACUCAGACAGCGCGAUGGAGGCGGGCGCGCAGGCGUCCAGCAAGCACCAGAAGCGCAAGCGGCGGCGGAAACGGCAGAAGGGCGGCAGCACCAGUCGCCGGCGCCUGUCCAGCGCGUCCAGCCCAGGCCUGGACGCCGGUCUUGUGGAGCCUCCACGGCUGCUGUCUUCGCCGCACAGCGCUUCGGUGCUCAAGAUCAAGACAGAGAUCGCCGAACCCAUCAACUUCGACAACGACAGCAGCAUCUGGAACUACCCACCCAACCGGGAGAUCUCCAGGAACGAGUCCCCAUACAGCAUGACCAAGCCCCCCACCUCCGAGCACUUCCCAUCCCCCCAGGGCCAGGGAGGCAGCAGCGGAGGCGGGGGAGCGCUACACGUGACCAUCCCCGACUCGGUCCUCACCCCACCGGGCGCUGAUGGCACUGCUGGCCGCAAGACUCAGUUCAGCGGAACAGCCCCGGUGGCCUCUGAUCCACUGUCACCCCCGCUCUCGGCGUCCCCGCGGGACAAGCACCCCGGAGGCGGGGCGGGGAGUGGUGGGAGUGGCCCUGGUUCGUCCAACUCCUUGCUGUACACUGGGGACCUGGAGGCCCUGCAGAGGUUGCAAGCGGGCAACGUCGUGCUUCCGCUGGUACACCGGGUGACCGGGACCCUGGCGGCCACCAGCACAGCCGCACAGAGGGUCUACACCACAGGCACCAUCCGCUACGCACCGGCUGAGGUGACCCUGGCCAUGCAGGGCAACCUGCUACCCAAUGCGCAUGCUGUUAACUUCGUGGACGUUAACAGCCCAGGCUUCGGCCUCGACCCCAAGACGCCCAUGGAGAUGCUCUACCACCACGUGCACCGACUCAACAUGUCAGGACCAUUUGGCAGCGCCGUGAGCGCGGCCAGCCUCACACAGAUGCCAGGUGGCAACGUGUUCACCACGGCUGAGGGACUCUUCUCCACGCUGCCCUUCCCGGUCUACAGCAACGGAAUCCACGCGGCACAGACUCUGGAGCGCAAGGAGGACUGAGCGGGCCCCACUCAGGAGGCAUCGUCGUUUUCGUUUAGACCUUUCAUUCUAGCACUUUGAAUUUGAGCUGGCCAGCGUCUUCUCGCAACACGGUGGCCCCAUUCCACCCCCCUCUUUCUUUCAGUGGACUUAUUCUUUCUUGUAAAGACGUUUAUUUUUUGCCUUCAGAGGGUCAGAUGACCGGUUGCCUGCCAUUUUGUCUUCUAAGAUGUGUGUUGGGUUGUUUGGCUUUCCUUUGCAUCUUUAUUAAGAUGUCUUUAAUGUGUAUAUGCCUCUGCCAUAGAAUACUCAGUCUUGUGGUCAAGAGAUUUCUCAAGUGACAACCAUUGGGUUUUUCUUCCUAAAGAUCUUGAUAUGAUCAAGAUGGAAAGACAAGCAUAAAUGAUUGUGCCCUGUUUGACUAAGUCAAAUGAAAUGGGGUGGGUGGUUUUUUUGUUUUCCUGUUCCUAAUUCCUUUGAAAAUAGGGAAAUAGUAUUUUAGAAUUUUAUGCAGAAUUUAAUUCUUUUUAUGAUUAAGAUUUUAAGAUUUUUCUUACUUGCACAUAAAAAUAAUUUGGGUUCUUAAACUUAAUUUCUGGCCUGUGACUAGAAUGUUUUUUUUUUUAAAAAAAAAACAAAGUUGGACUAAGUGUUAAUUACUGAAACAUUAACUUAAUUUCUAAAACCAUGGUGCUAUCAUUUAUUAAUCUAUAAUGUCUUCAUACAAAAUACAGCUCCCGGGCUGGAUUUUGGAAAAGAAAAUGUGUUCUGUCCUGGUCUGGAGUCCCGUUGCUACAGUCAGUCUCCUUGGUUAGUUAAGACAGAGCCCUCAUUAACAUUUGCUGCAGAACUUAAAAAGUUGUUUUACCUCCCAACUAACAAACAUAGCCUCACUUUCAAUUUUAUGGGUCAGUAAAGCCCUGUUCAAAGGGGGCUUUUGGACAACUCAGACUGAUCUGAGGAACAGUUGAAGUACAUACUGCCAUUUUUGAGAUUCUUUUUUCCUUACUCAGUCUAACUGAGGCUGAUUUUCACAACUUCAGUAACACUUCAGAGUAAAAGGAGGAGGAGAAAUAUUUAACACGCUCUUUGUUUAUUUGGGGUUUUUUGUUUGUUUGUUUCUAUUUCUUGCUAAGAAAAAAAAACAGGUUGUAUGGGGGGGGAGUACUGAUUUGAUGGAAUUUAUUUCCCUUUGAUUCUUAUUUGAGUUGAAACCAACAAGUUUUUAAAACUAAAGAAUGGGUUAAUAAGCUUCAGACAGAUUAACUGCAACUGAAAACCGCACAUUCAAUGAAAAAAGAGAAAAAAAGGAAAAAAGAAAAAGGAAAAGAAAAAAGAGCCUAUUUUGUCUUCGUUGCCAGAAAUCAGUGUGGUGUCAAACACUCCGAGUGACUGUCCAGUGUCGACUCUUCUCCCACUUCAUUUAUGGCAGCAUCCAAUCCCAGAUGAGAACUGUGACGGGUGCA